AUAAUCUAAGCAAGCCGUCCAAAUCUCUCUCUCUCUCUCUCUCUCUCUCUCUCUUCCGUGGAGCCUCUUACCAUCAUCAAACCCAUUUCCGAAACCAAAUUCCAACAAACCCUCCCUCCCUCCUUACAAUCAAAAUUAGGGUUUUGCUUUCUCCCAAUUCGCUCGCAGAUCUGAUCGAAAUUGCUAUUCUUUUCUUUUGAUCAAUUGAUAACCGCAGAUCUUGGUUGCGUGGUUUCUUCUAUUUCAUCCGGUCCGGUUCGUCGGAUUGCGAAUGCAAGAAUUUGAUUGAUUUUCUGCAUUGUUCGGUGUGGAAUUUCUGAGAUCGGAUUCGAUCGAACUGCAGAUUCUGAGGGUUCGAAAUCGCAUUUCCGUUGGUUUUACUUUCAUGUCCCGCUUCGAAUUCGAGUUUUCUCCACCCUUUGUUGGUACUUAGAUCCUGAAAAUUGGCUCCUCAAAGACGGUCGCAGCGCCACAUGGGUGGCCAGAUGCAGCAGAGCAAUGCCGCCGCGGCAACCGCUCUGUACGAUCAUGCCACCGGCGCUGCUGCGGGGCCUCUGCACAGUGCAGGGCCGACAGGUGAUGCUGGUGAUGCGGUCAUGGCCCGUUGGCUCCAGUCUGCCGGGUUGCAACAUCUGGCCUCACCAGCUUCCACGGGCAUUGACAAUCGUCUCCUUCCCAAUCUCCUCAUGCAGGGUUAUGGAGCUCAAUCUGCCGAAGAGAAGCAGAGGCUUUUCAAAUUAAUGCGAAACCUCAAUUUCAAUGGGGAGUCUGGUUCUGAGCCAUACACACCUACUGCCCAAUCUCUGGGAGGAGCUGCAUCGGAUGGUUUAUAUUCUCCGGAAUUCAGGGGUGAUUUUGGAGCGGGGUUGUUGGAUCUUCAUGCUAUGGAUGAUACAGAGCUUCUGUCCGAGCAUGUCAUCUCUGAACCCUUUGAGCCAUCACCAUUUAUGCCUGGUGGUAAAGAAUUUGAGGAUGAGUUGAAUUUGACAAGUAAUAGGCAGCAAAGAGUGCUACCUGAUCCAGAUCCAUCAUUUCCAUUAGCCCAGAGUGAAAAGGAGAGCACAAAGGAAAACAAUGUGGCUAAGAUUAAAGUUGUGGUACGCAAAAGACCUUUGAACAAGAAGGAGCUUUCACGGAAGGAGGAGGAUAUUGUAACCGUUUAUGACAAUGCUUAUUUGACAGUCCAUGAACCCAAACUAAAGGUGGACCUGACUGCAUACGUGGAGAAGCAUGAAUUUUGUUUUGAUGCUGUACUGAAUGAGCAAGUUUCAAAUGAUGAGGUAUACCGGGCUACUGUAGAACCAAUCAUUCCCAUAAUUUUUGAGCGAACAAAGGCUACAUGUUUUGCUUAUGGUCAAACAGGUAGUGGUAAGACAUUCACAAUGCAACCGUUACCUAUCAGAGCUGCAGAAGACCUCGUCAGAUUGUUACAUCAGCCAGUUUACCGUAACCAGAGAUUCAAAUUGUGGCUUAGCUAUUUUGAGAUAUAUGGUGGAAAGCUCUUUGAUCUUCUCAGUGAUAGGAAGAAACUAUGUAUGAGAGAAGAUGGACGACAACAAGUUUGCAUUGUUGGACUGCAAGAGUUUGAAGUUUCAGAUGUACAAAUUGUUAAAGAAUUUAUUGAGAGGGGGAAUGCUUCUAGAAGUACUGGUUCAACUGGUGCUAAUGAGGAGUCUUCUCGGUCUCAUGCUAUUUUACAACUUGUUGUUAAAAAGCACACUGAGGUAAAAGAUUCCAGGCGAAACAUUGAUGUAAAUGAAUCUAGAAGUGGGAAGGUUGUGGGAAAGAUCUCUUUUAUUGAUCUUGCUGGUAGUGAAAGGGGUGCCGACACCACUGAUAAUGACCGACAAACAAGAAUUGAAGGAGCAGAAAUUAACAAGAGCCUUUUGGCGCUUAAGGAGUGCAUUCGUGCCCUGGACAAUGAUCAGAUCCAUAUACCUUUCCGUGGAAGCAAACUCACAGAAGUGCUCCGUGACUCCUUUGUUGGAAAUUCAAGGACUGUUAUGAUAUCUUGCAUUUCUCCAAAUGCAGGGUCAUGCGAGCAUACACUUAAUACUUUGAGAUAUGCAGAUCGCGUGAAAAGUCUUUCAAAAGGUGGCAAUGCUAGAAAGGAUCAAACCGUAAAUUCAUUACCACCAGCGAAUAAGGAUGUUUCAUUAGCAUCUUCUACACUGGUUUCUUCUGAGGUAGAGGAUGUCCGUGAGCAACAUCAAGAAGUUAAAGUAGCUGAUACAGGUAGAAGAGCUGUGGAGAAAGAAAGUUUCUCAUAUAUCCCUCCUACUCCAGAGUUUGACAAGCAGCCAGCAAAGUCAUCAUCAAGUAAUCCCAUCAAUGUUCGGGAAGAAAGUGGGGUGCCUUCUGGUUCAAUGGACAGGGAGAGAUUUGAAAUGAAUAAUUCAUAUGGUGAUAAUUACAGUCAGAAGUUGCCCAAUUAUUCUAAAAACUCGGUUGAUACAGAAGAGAGAGUACAAAAGGUGUCGCCACCUCGUAGGAAAGUAACCAAGGAUGAAAAAUCAGAAAGGUUGGGGAACUGGCCGAAAAAAGGUGGUUCGGAUCUUUCCACUACAAGCUCUAAGCAGCAAAGUACAGGAAUUUAUAACGCAAGCAAUGCUGGAUCCAGACAAUCUGAGCCUGAAGUUCCUGAUGGGAAUAUCAAUGCCAUUCUUGAGGAGGAAGAGGCCCUUAUUGCUGCCCAUAGAAAAGAAAUUGAGGAUACAAUGGAAAUUGUUCGCGAAGAAAUGAAACUGUUGGCGGCAGUGGACCAACCGGGAAGCCGCAUAGACGACUAUGUGACCCAGUUGAAUUUUGUUCUUUCCCGCAAGGCAGCCGGUCUGGUUAGCCUUCAAGCCCGCCUUGCAAGAUUCCAGCACAGACUAAAGGAACAGGAAAUACUAAGUCGGAAAAGAGUACCUCGUUAAGGCAGGCACCUUCUUUCGCUGCACACUGUAUCUUCUUAUUCUUUCGUGUUAUGGUCCCGGUACAGUUGCAAAGCAGGAGGCCUGUGGGGGAGGAUUUGAGGCAUUGCAGACGCCGGACUUUGUUCACAUCCAGACUUCUGGCUUGAAGCACGGGAAUGGGGAUAGGAUUCGUGUCUUUUGCCGGUAAUUUGUGUUUUCUUUUGUAAUUCUUUAGAUAAGUCCGUCGAUGUGUUCUUGCCGAGUUCCUCUGGAUUUUGGAUUUCGGCUGUUGUGUAAUGGUGACCGGGGAUUUGAUUGCACAAUGUAUUUUCUAGUAAAGGAAAAAAAAAAUGAAAAUAUAAGGUUUAUAUUUUA